AUGCGGGAGCUGCCCAUGUCCCUCACUCCAGCCCUUCGCGUGGCGCUCACCGCGGUCACAGCCCUGGCUCGCCGCCCCCGGGACGGCCCGGCCCACCAGGCCCGCAGCCAAGGGACGCGCCUGCGUGCAGGUUGCCCCACGGGGCGCCCGGCCGGGCCCCGGCCCUCGUCCAGACGGUGUCCCCGCGCGCGGGGCCCUGGGCUCGGCCACCGCUUGCUGGCGCCGGCUGUGGGCUCUGAGACCCUGCAGCCCGCCACGCCACCCAGACGCUCGCUGGAGCCCACGCCCCCCCCAAACUGCCUAACACCCCAGGCCGCGCGGGGCCCGCAGGGCAGCUCCCGGCCGCCCCCGAGGCCUGGGCAGCAGGGGCCCGGCCUGGCCGCGCCAGCCCCGGGGGGCCCCGUGCUCCACGCGCACUCGCUGCUGGCCGACCCGCCCACCAGGCCCAGGCCCGCCCGCACACGGCCUCCGGGCCGCUCGGCUCCCCAGCUCCCACUCCCGCGAGAGGAACGCGACCCCGCUGUCACACAGGCGGCCCUGGCCGCGCGGCCUGGGUUACAACAUCUGGGCGGACGCCGGCGCGGUUUUAUGAUCUGCGAGGAGCCGGCAGACAGCCCAGCGCAGCCCCGAGAUUGUUCCCGUCACCGACGCCUCCGAGGCCCCCUCCGCCUGCCCUCCCUCCAAGUCACCGAGCGAGUCGUCCUGACCAGCGGCCCUGCGCCCCGGCCCCCGAGGCCCCCCGAGGGCCCGGGAAUGCGGCCAUCCCUGCCUCGAGCCAGGGGACCCGGAGCAGAAAAACAAGUCCGUGCUUCCCGGAGCAGAGCCGGAUGGUUCCCCAGCUCACCCCGCACCCCUGGGAGCGGCCUCCCCUACAAAGGAAGCCUAGAAACCAGUGGUCUGCCCACGCACCUGCACAGCCGGGCGGGUGUCAAGGGCAAAGCCAAGCCCGGCUACAGAGCAAGGCCCCGCUUCAAACGGAUGAACAGAGAGAAGGCCAGAAAUAACCCACCUGCAGGUUCAAGGAGCACUGUCCACCAGAGCCAGCAGGACAGCAACCCGGAUGCCCACCAGCCGACGGAGACCUACGCAACCCGACCCCUCACCCGAGGGAAGGCCGGGCAGCCCCAAGAAGGAAUCGGCUGGUGGACAUGUCCAGCAACUUGGAAACAGCAAGCUCAGCAAGAGUCGGACACAAAGGCCACGGGCCUCAUGAUGCCGUUUGCCCGGGCCGCCCAGUCAGGUCCACAGACGCGGGAAGCGGACAGCGACAGGCCCAAGGAGUGUAGUGGAUUAUUCUGCCUGGGCUGGCCUUGA